AUGGAGAUCAAAGGCCGCGUGCUCUACUGCAACGACAAGUGGCAAGAGCAGCACAUAGAGAAGCCUCAGGAAACAAAGCCACGAAGGACCGGAACAUGCAAUACAGCUUCAGGAGGGUGCCGCAGGCUUACCAAAGCCACUGCAGCAGGCUUCGAAGGCGGCGCGGCCUUCUUAGAUCUCGAGGAUUUGGAGGACCCAUGGAACGGCGGCGUCAAGUUCACUGCGAUGCCGCCUGCGAAGCGAUUCUGUGACAUCGCGCUCCUGUCAGGUGGGGAGAAAACCGUGGCGGCGAUGGCACUUCUCUUCGCUAUGCAGUCCUUCCAGAGGCCUCCCUUUCUGAUCCUGGACGAGGUUGAUGCCUACCUGGACCACUCUAACGUGCAGGCGCUUGCCAGCUACAUCGCCUCCGUGGACUGCCAGGCGAUCGUCAUCUCCCACAAGCACCGCUUCUUCUCGCACGGCGAGGGCCUGGUCGGCGUGUCGAGAGAUCGGGAGCGCAACGCCUCGGUCGUCUUCACCAUGGACCUGGAGCGCAUCCGCCGAGGCCAAGCGCAGCGAGCCGCCCCCGAGGUGGUGCCUCUGCAGUGA